CGGGGAAACGACGCUGAUUGGCUGCAGCUGCUUUCCCACUGAGGUUGCGUAGACUGAAUCAGGAACUGGAUGUAGAAAAGAUUUCUCUAUCUGGAAAAAAUGGCAAAGAAGGACGCGAGCACUACAAAGUUACCAGUCGAUCAGUACCGCAAACAGAUCGGAAAGCAGGAUUAUAAGAAAACCAAGCCGGCUUUGCGAGCCACACGACUGAAGGCAGAGGCAAAGAAGAGCGCUCCAGGAAUCAGGGACAUUAUCUUGGUGAUCAUGGCCUUGCUGGUCCUCCUGCUGGGGGUUUACGCCUUCUUCUACCUCAACCUGAGCACCGAGCUGAACCUGGACACGGACCUGGACUAAAGAAGAAAGAAAGGUGACGAAGGAAUCUGUGAGGUUGGAGGCUGUGUUACAAUCAGAAAGUGUUCUUCUCUGACAGAACCUCUCAGUGCCCUUCUUGACUGCUAAGAACCCAGUGAUUGGACCUUUUGCUUUGUCUUUAAAGAUGCUAAACAUCUGCUUUUUCACAUUUUUAUAAAAUGUUAAUUAUUUCCUAAGGGACCAAGAGUUAAUUAAUUGAGGGUAGUUUACCAUACGUGGCUGUUAGGAGUGAAUCCAAGGAGUGAACCACGAUUAAGUCUUUCUUUGCUUAAUGAUCUUUUUUCUGUUCCAGUGCUUUCUUUGAUUUUAUAUUUUCUGGGAUUUCUGGAACACCCUUAUUCCCCACAGCUCAGGAAAUUAAAGCUGACUGAGUGUGUACAGCAUGAAGAAUAUUGUGUGUGUGUACGUAGAGAGCUUGCCCAGCUUAUUAGAACCUUAAAUAAUCAGUGUCUAUAAUUCGCUAGCAAUAAAAUAAAUCAUUUUGUCAUAAAGAUCUUCAUGAGCUCUCUGCUAAUGAUAAUCUGUGAAUCCUACCAUUACUUAAGAACCUGCCUGGUUCACAAGGACACGUGGGAAAUAUCAAGCUUGACAUUCCAGAUGAAUUUGGAUGUUAAUCAUGUAAACAUUUAGAAUUGACUCGUUUAAAGUUGCUUUACGGUAUUAUCAUCUGUGUGAAACUUCUUUUGCUCAGGAUUAGUGUUCAAAACAUUUUGAAAGGAAGGAUUACUGUUUUCAUCAGUUGGUUUUGAAACAGUUUUUGUACCCCAUUUGUUUUGAAGGAUUUUGAUGGAUCACAAUAAAAUAUAACUUGUUUA